CGGCGGCCGAGGGCCUCGAGGGGGCGGAGCCGCCGGGGCCGCCGCCGCAGCCCGGGUCGGGAUUUGAAAGCUUAAAAAUUCCGAGUGCAGAGGGUGUCGGGCGUUUAAUGUGUGGUGGAAGCGCUUGGGGUGACGGCUCGGCGCGGUGCCGGACAGCCGGCGGCGUCUCCGCACCAUGAAUUACCCGGGCUGUGGGUCAUCGCGAAGCCCGGAACAUAACGGCCGGGGUGGCGGCGGCGCCGCCUGGGAGUUGGGCUCGGAUGCGGAGCCGGCGUUCGGCGGCAGCGUUUGCUGCUUCGAGCACCUGCCGGGCGGGGACCCCGGCGACGGCGACGUCCCCCUGUCCCUGCUGCGCGCCGAUCCCGGGCUGCACUUGGCAUCCGGCGCCGAGGACCACAACCACCACCUGGCGCUGGACCCCUGCCUCAGUGACGAGAACUAUGACUUCAGCUCGGCCGAGUCGGGCUCUUCGCUGCGCUACUACAGCGAGGGCGAGAGCGGCGGCGGCGGCGGCAGCUCCUCGUCACUGCAGCAGCCACCGCUGAUCCCAUCGAACUCCGGGGGCGCCGGGGCAGCGGGAGGGGGACCCGGGGAGAGGAAGCGCGCCCGGCCCGGCGGCCCCGCCGCCCGGCACCGCUACGAGGUGGUGACGGAGCUGGGCCCGGAGGAGGUGCGCUGGUUCUACAAGGAGGACAAGAAGACUUGGAAGCCCUUCAUCGGCUACGACUCGCUCCGCAUUGAGCUCGCCUUCCGGACCGUGCUGCCGGCCUCGGGCGCUCGGCCCCCUGGAGAGGACCCGGACGGCGACCAUGUGUGCGGCCCGGCUUCUCCCGGAGGCCCAGCCUCCAGCUCCGGGGAGGAAGAAGAUGAGGAGCGCGCCUGCGGCUUCUGUCCGCGAGCGGCGAGGCACGAGCCUGAGAUGGAGGUGGUGAACAUCGAGCCGGUGUGCGUGCGGGGCGGACUCUACGAGGUGGAUGUGACCCAAGGAGAGUGCUACCCCGUGUAUUGGAACCAGGCUGAUAAAAUACCAGUAAUGCGGGGGCAGUGGUUUAUUGAUGGUACUUGGCAACCUCUAGAAGAGGAAGAAAGUAAUUUAAUUGAACAAGAACAUCUCAGUCGCUUUAAAGGUCAGCAGAUGCAGGAAAGUUUUGAUAUUGAAGUGUCAAAACCAGUAGACGGAAAAGAAGCUAUUCAUAGUUUCAAGUUGAGUCGGAACCAUGUGGAUUGGCACAGUGUUGAUGAAGUAUAUCUGUAUAGUGAUGCAACAACAUCCAAAAUUGCAAGAACAGUUACUCAAAAACUGGGGUUUUCUAAAGCAUCAAGUAGUGGGACCAGACUUCACAGAGGUUAUGUAGAAGAAGCCACAUUAGAAGACAAGCCAUCACAAACUACCCAUAUUGUAUUUGUCGUUCAUGGCAUUGGACAGAAAAUGGACCAAGGAAGAAUUAUAAAAAAUACAGCCAUGAUGAGAGAGGCUGCAAGAAAGAUAGAAGAAAAGCAUUUUUCCAACCAUGCUACACAUGUUGAAUUUCUCCCUGUGGAGUGGCGGUCAAAACUUACCCUUGAUGGAGACACUGUUGAUUCUAUUACUCCUGACAAAGUACGAGGUUUAAGAGAUAUGUUGAACAGCAGUGCAAUGGACAUAAUGUAUUAUACUAGCCCACUUUAUAGGGAUGAACUAGUUAAAGGCCUUCAGCAAGAGCUGAAUCGAUUAUAUUCCCUUUUCUGUUCUCGGAAUCCAGACUUUGAAGAAAAAGGGGGUAAAGUUUCAAUAGUGUCACAUUCCUUGGGCUGUGUAAUCACUUACGACAUAAUGACUGGCUGGAAUCCAGUUCGACUCUAUGAACAGUUGCUGCAGAAGGAAGAAGAGUUGCCUGAUGAACACUGGAUGAGCUAUGAGAAACGACAUCUUCUUGAUGAACUCUAUAUAACAAAACGACGGCUAAGAGAAAUAGAAGAACGACUUCAUGGAUUGAAGGCAUCAUCUAUAACACAAACCCCUGCCUUAAAAUUUAAGGUUGAGAAUUUCUUCUGUAUGGGAUCUCCACUAGCAGUUUUUUUGGCACUACGUGGCAUCCGUCCAGGAAAUACUGGAAGUCAAGACCAUAUUUUACCGAGAGAGAUUUGUAACCGGUUACUAAAUAUUUUUCAUCCAACAGACCCAGUGGCUUAUAGAUUAGAACCAUUAAUACUGAAGCACUACAGCAACAUUUCACCUGUCCAGAUCCACUGGUACAACACUUCAAACCCUCUACCUUAUGAGCACAUGAAGCCAAGCUUUCUCAACCCAGCAAAAGAACCUACCUCAGUUUCAGAGAAUGAAGGCAUUUCAACCAUACCAAGCCCAGUGACCUCACCAGUCUUGUCACGCCGACACUAUGGGGAAUCUAUAACGAAUAUAGGCAAAGCAAGCAUAUUAGGGGCUGCUAGCAUUGGAAAGGGACUUGGAGGAAUGUUGUUCUCAAGAUUUGGACGUUCGUCUACACAGUCUUCUGAGACAUCAAAAGACUCCUUAGAAGAGGAGAAGAAGCCAGUUGCCUCACCUCCUACAACUACUGUGGCAACACAGACCCUUCCACAUAGCAGCUCUGGCUUUCUUGAUUCUGCAUUGGAACUGGAUCACAGGAUUGAUUUUGAACUCCGAGAAGGCCUUGUGGAGAGCCGUUAUUGGUCAGCUGUCACAUCGCACACUGCCUAUUGGUCAUCUUUGGAUGUUGCUCUCUUUAUUUUAACCUUCAUGUACAAACAUGAGCACCAUAAUGAUGCAAAGCCCAGUUUCGAUCCACUCUGAACUUUUGAAGGACAUCAAUGUCCCCAAACUGAUUUUUUUUUCUGUUAAAAAUGUGUGUCAGGACAUGGAGAUGUCGGGCUUACGUAUGUUUUGAUUUUGUUUGAGUCAAGAAAUAUUUGCAUUUAAAAGCACCUUAUUUUAUUUUUUAAAAAAAGAAACUUUUUGAGACCUAAAGAAGUUAUGGUUUAAAUCCUUUUGAUUAUGAAUCUGAUAGAACCCCCUGCAGAGCAUCAAACAAGACUUGGAGGGAAGGAAGGAAGGUUUAGGUGAACUGCACGAAGGAUAUAAAUCACACUUCCAUUUCUUCCAGAUAGAAAAGUAUACUAAUGGGCUAGAUCUAAUGUAUUAAUCAAAACAUGUUCUGAAUCUAGUCAAGAUCCAGUGUUUUCUAUGUAAAAACCACAAAAUGGUAUUGUUUUCGAUUUCUAUGAAAACCUCCAUUUCCACCAUCCCAUUAAAAAAGCAGUAUAACUGGUUUAAAAUAUUUCUAACUUAACUUUAGGAAAACUAAUGCUAAAAAAGAAACAUUUUAACUAUUGUAUAUAUAAUUUAUUACCUCUAACUGUUUAUUUCAGUGUAUGAAACAUUACCUUUUUUUACUGUUUACUUUGACAAUAAUUCAAGAACCACGUUUAUUUUCUAUGGUGUUCUUUUUUUCCCUCUCUAUCUUUGUACUCUUCAGAUGAAUAUGUAGACACUGUGGCAUACUUUCAGUAUUUUUUUCCAUUAAAAAUUUGUGACUUCACACAAA